AUGGAUCAAAUAAACCUUGAAGGAGCUGAGCUAGAAAACGCCAAAAGGAAUCCAGAGCAAGAGGAGCUUAAGCGGCAGCAAUUAUUGGAGGCUAGAAGAGUUGGUCUGAGAUCAAUACUCACAGUAGAAGCCCAAGAGAGACUGAACAGAAUCUCAAGUGUUAAGCCUGAAAAAGCCACUCUCAUAGAAAAUUUUCUGCUACAAAACGCACAGAAAUAUGCGUAUGGAACGUCAAAAGUGACUGAUCAGGAGCUGAAGCAGAUUAUUGAGGCAAUCACUAAAUCGCAAUCUAACACAGGAACCAUUAGAAUACAACGGAAACGAUGGGAUAGCGAUGAUGAAAUUUAACCAAACAUUUGAAAUUAAU